AUGGCGCCAGCUAUAGCCAACAGCGCAACGCGGUUUAACCCCCAGAGGUCUACAGCCUACUCGACAACCGCGUUGAAACGAUGGUCGUGCCUUAAUGAAGGCGUCCUUCCCUCCAUUCCGAAUAUCAAAGCUAUUCACGUCUAUGAUUUUGACAACACUCGUACGGAGACACCCCCAAAGUUACGCUUCGUAUUCUCGACCUUAUGGAAUGGGCCAACAAUUGGGUUUCUGCAGUCAUAUGAAUGCUUUGCAAAAGGCGGCUGGUGGCAUGAUUCGAACAUCCUUGGAUCAACAGGCGAUGGGAUCGAAGUUGAAGAAGCCCGCGCCUGGGCAGGGUGGUGGAAUGAACAGAUAGCCCAAUUGGUUCAACUGAGUAUGAAACAGAAAGAUGCCCUCACCGUCCUGCUAACUGGAAGGUCUGAAGGUGGUUUUGCCGAGCUUAUCGGACGCAUGAUCAAGAGUAAACAGUUGGCAUUUGAUCUUGUCUGCCUGAAACCAGAGGUUGGCCCGAACAACCAGCGUUUCGCAUCUACAAUGAAAUUCAAGCAAUGCUUUCUAGAUGACCUAAUGCGUACGUAUAAAGAGGCUGAAGAAAUCCGAGUCUACGAGGACCGUGUAAAUCAUGUCAAAGGCUUCCGUGACUUUUUUGAGCAGUUCAAUAAAGAUGCUUUGGCAGCGGGCCCAUCGGCCACCCGAAAGCCCAUCACCGCUGAGGUGAUCCAAGUGGCUGAGCUGGCUAAGUAUUUGUCUCCAGUCACAGAGGCAGCCGAGAUCCAACGCAUGAUCAACUCUCACAAUGCAUCACUGGGUAAUCCAGCGGCAAAUCUCACCAAGUCACCCUAUGGCAGACUUGAGCUUUCAAAGACUACAUUCUACACAGGAUACAUCCUGUCAAAUGCUGACACCGCUCGGCUGAUAGAAAACAUUUUCCUUCCACUAAUAUCAUCCAGCGUCGCUGACACGAGUGAAAUUAAGUUCAUGUCGAACAGCAUCAUGAUCACACCGCGAUCGUCUCCCAAACCCAUACUUGACAAGGUUGGGGGCCUUGGGAAGGUCGUCCGCUGGCGUGUCACAGACACGGGCACGCACGAACACAAGGUAUGGGCUGCACGGGUCAGUCCGCUGGAUAGCUCAGAGACUAUCCACACUGACAACCCAGAGCCUAUGAUCGUGCUCGGUAUGCGCAAAGGCGUGCGGCCGACAGAUGCGGCCAAGAUCCGUAACUGGAACCCAGUUACGAAGGAUGACUCUCUAGUGUUUGACACGGUAAUCGGGGAGAAGACCAUCCUGCGUGUGCAGGAACGGAAUGUAGGACGGAACGGCGUCGCUGGCCGAGGCGGCAAGAAGAGAGUCCAGCCGGACAGCCGAGAUGAGACGGAGUCCUCUCCACGGGAUUAUCGUGACAUGCAGCAGCAUCGACCAGCUGCCCCUGAGUAUUCUGGCGGGAGGCCACAUUACUAUAACCGCCAUUAUAAUAAUGGGCCACAGCCACCCUUCCGUGGGAACCGUGGUAGGGGGGGACGAGGGGGAAGAGGCGGCCGAGGACGUGGCCGUGGCGCUGGUGGGGGUAGGGGGGACGGCCACGGAUCAAGAUACAGGUCGUUGGAUGACCAUGUUGCCGGCGGCGGCCAUGACCGCUCAAUGGACAACAGAGGUCCUGCCAGGGGACCCGGCGGAGGCCCGGUGAUGAACUACUAG